GCCGAUCGAGAAGAACAUGUGGGUGAGCGUGUUAACCAGCACUUCAAGAUGGAAGACAAUGAUAAGUCUCCCCCUAAGGAUUACUAUAAGAUUCUAGAAGUUGAUUACGACGCAACUGAGGAAUUGAUCAGACUCAAUUAUCGGAAGCUUGCAUUGAAGUGGCAUCCUGAUAAGCACAAAGGCGAUAGUGCAGCUACAGAAAAAUUUCAAGAGAUUAAUGAAGCUUAUAAUGUGCUGAUGGACCCUGCUAAACGUUUUGAGUAUGAUUUCACUGGUAUUUAUGAGAUCCACAAGUAUACUUUACGGGAAUAUCUCGCCAGAUUUAAGGGGAUGAUACUCACUUGCAAUGGGCUUGGUAUCAGCCAAUCCUCAUCACCAUGGACACAUCAAUUGGCGGAGACCACCAAACAACAGACGAGCAAGGAUACUGUAUAAACUGAAGCAGAAGUUAGAAGAGAUCUGUAAAACUGUACAAAACUGGAGCUAUAGCGCUUUUUAUCGCUCAUUGAUGAUAUAGUGAAAUGCUUUAAUUAGGUCUGUUGUAUUGUUUCUUUAUCGAUGUAGAACUAGAGAAGCUUGUAUUGUCUCUGGCUUCUAUUCAUACAUUCACACAUUGGUGAUGGUUCCAAUCUUUUACUACUCUACUAUUCUCAUCAUUCAUGGUUUUUUCCAGACUUUAGACAGAAAGUGAAUAAUACAAUCUAUGAAAUGAAGCUUCAAUCUUAGA